CGCGUUGCAGUGAAGUAGUGGGUCCUCGAAGGAGAAGAUGGCAACGGAGACGAAAGAUGGCGACGGCGUCGAUCUGCUUCCGGUCGACGUCAAUGCUCUCUUGAAGGGCUUGGACCGACAAGCCCGCGCGCGCCUCCAGAACCGAGCAAAACAAGCUCGGUUCCGCGCCCGCCGCCGCGCCGAACGCAUUGCGCUGCACGCGCAGAAAGACGCUCUUCAGCCGCUGUCAUGGCACGAUGUGGCUAACGCGUUGGCAGCAUCUGCGACGGACGCGGCCGACGAGAACGAGCGCCUCAAGCAGCGCCGCACUGCCAACCUCGCGCUCGUGCAAGCCAUGACCAAAUGGAUCGCGACCCUGCUUCCGCGGUCGCCGCGGCCCACGGCGGCCUAUACAAGUGUCUUGCGCAACGGCGCGGCGCGGCAAGCCAGCUUUGACUGGCUCACAAAGCGCCUGUACAUCGACACGGACCGCGCGUUGUCGGCUCCGCCCUUCCCAACAGCAAGUGGCUUCUUGAACGCCUUUUCAAUCUACGACGAGAACGACGUCGAGGAUGAUGACGGGUGCGUCCAUGCGUGUUGGAGCUUCCAGCAAUUCUACGACCGUUCGCUGCACGACGUCGCGACGAAGCUGCCGUUUCCGCUCGUGGCCGUGUGUCCGCAGCGGCGGUCCGUCUCGUUUCUGGACCAAGAGAUUUUGGAUGCGAUUGCGCCCGGAAGCAUGUGUUACCGCCGCGCCGUGCUCAACGACGGCGAAACCAUCAACCUCGUCGGGCGCAUCUUUCGCGAAGCAUCCCGCGUCGUGUUCGUCUUGUGCAACAUCAUUGACGACCCGACGCUGCUGCGCGACGAGUACUACCGCCACCGCCUCUUCUGGUAUUGUACUAAAUGUAUUAGGUAG